AUGAGCUCCUCCGCCGACUCCCUUCCUCCCCACAAGCCCGCCAAGGAAGCAAGGAAACUCGCAUGCCGCCUCUGCCAGAAGCGCAAAAAGAAGUGCAACCGGAAAAGCCCAUGCUCCAUGUGCAUCAAGCUCAAGGUCGUUUGUCAGCCAAGCGCACCCGCCGCUCCGCGGAAGAGGAGGCAGUCGACAAAGGACCUCUUCGCCCGCCUGGCCUGGUGCGAGGAGCAGCUGCGGCGGAAUCUCGAGUGUCGGCAGUGUCUCGAGUGCAAGAAUUCGUCCUCAAAGUCAUCUACAGAGAGCUCGACGGCGGAGAUUGCAAAGAGGCUCUCUGAGAUCAAGUCUGAUCCGAGCAUAUCCUCUGCGCCGAUUGCUUCUUCUUCUUUUUCUCCCACUUCAUCUUAUUCACCUCCCCAUUCACUACUAUCACCACCAUCUUCUUCUUCUUGACACAAUAUCCGGCUUAGAGAAAAUGAUGAUGGAACAUGCUGUACUCAUAAUAUUAAUAAAAAGCGAACCUUUUGUCAUGAAAAGACAU